UGCUCUGUUUCAGCACCGGACAGCUCCCUCGCAGCUCCACCAAACGCUUCGUGAUGGACAGAAGAAGCGUCCACACGCGGAUCAAUGGCGCGUCUGGAUCCCUGUUAGAUGGAGAGGAAGACGGGCUUCGAGGGCGCACGGACCCGAUGUGUCUCUCCGUGGCUUUUAUAGGCUUACUUAAUGCUCGCUGUGGUCGGAAGAGGGCGGAGUGCGUUUGUCAUCCAAGUGAGAAGCUCCGUGACUCGGUGCCUCCUAAAAAGAAAUAUAUAAAUAUAAUCACAGCCUGCCCCCUUACCCCUCCCUUCCUUCUCGUUUUGAUUCAGUCUAUGUAGCCUACACGCAGGAGGAGAUCGGCCGCCGAACAGAAAAAGCCAAGACAGUCUUGUCUACAGCGUGUGUGAGGGAGAGGUGGGGGGAAACAGCUGCAAGCGGCAACAUCAACAAGCUGUAUGAAGCAUCUGUAAGAAAAAUAAGGGAUCCGGCGGAGAAGGAUUCCUCGCAGAUUCCCCCCUUUUUUUGGUUUCAAGAACAGAGGAGCUUAGAGGAAUAUCCUACAAGUGGUGAAGCGAUGGUUUAGCGGAGCAGUUUGGGUAGAUUUAUUUUUCUACAGCACACCCGCCCGACGACACUGUAUUUCUGCGCAGCAAUCCCCCCCUCCUCAAACAUCUGUGGACGCUCUCUGGAGGGAGAUGGCUGUUUUCCGGCUGUCGCUGCUGCUGCAUGUGGGAUUUGUGAUCGGAUCGAACCACCAACACGCGCAAUGGUCAGCGCACGGGGAAGACGUCGGAGCACGGGAGGCGAUCUUCGGCGCUCAGACGCACCGUCGGCAGCUGGCGCAUCUCCGCGCGCCUCGUCCUCCUCUUCCUCCGCUUCCCGGGGAGACGCCGGAGCUGCCGCAGAAAAUCGAGGAGCAGCUCCCCAGGGUAGUCACGGCUUUCCUGCACACGGGGGACUCGAGCACCUUAAAGCAUGCCAACUGCUCACGGAAGUACGAGCUCACCUCUCUGCGGGGAAGGUCACACGCCACCCCACAUUACUCCAUGAGCAGCGUCCUGGAUACGGUGCUGCACGCCACAAACUUCCUCAACAUGAUCCUGCAAGCCAACAGGUCCAGGGAGCAGAGUCUCCGGCGAGACAUUGAGUGGUAUCACGCCUUAGUCAGGAGUAUACUGGAGGGAGACGCCAAGAUCCACCGGGCUGUUGUUACUUUUAACGGGGAUUCGUCCUUUGCGGGCCCCUGGGUGCUUCUCCAAGCCACCAGGGCAGGUGGAGAGAUAGUCCUCCAAGACCUCUCCAGCAUGGCCCACCACCACCUGCACAACCGCACCGCCGACACGGAGUGGUACCACGAAAUGAAAGACACUAAGAGCCCCGGCUUCCAUAAGAGGGUGCUGAGCCAAGAUUUCCAGUCAGUUGACAAUUCUUUGAAAAGAGGAGAGAGUUUUAUCCCGGACAAGACACACGUCAAAUGGUCUGCACCUUACUUGGAGUGUGAGAAUGGGAAUUUUGUUCCACGCUGGCUUUUGACCCUAUCGGCUGCUUUCUAUGGCCUCAAGUCCAACCUGGCUCCUGAAUUCAGGGGCGUAGUGCGAGUGGACAUUAAUCUGCAGGAUGUUGAUAUCGACCAGUGCUCCUCUGAUGGCUGGUUUGCUGCAACCCAUCGAUGCAACCUGACUACCAUGGAGUGUUUGCCGAUCCGUGGUCAUGGAUUCGUCCUCGACAAGUACAAGUGCCACUGCAAGAAAGGGUUCUACCAUCCCAACCGGGUCGCCGUCAAUGGCUUCACGAAGACGGGGAAAAAGGGGAAAGCUGCAGAAAGCGGUCCCAAUGCGGACGAGGGCUCCUCUAACGACUGCCUGCCGUGCCAGCAGGGCUGCGCCUACUGCAAAGACGACACCCCCUGUGUGGCGCGAGAGGACGGAGCCCUUCGCUUGGCCGUGCUCUCCUUCCAGUGCCUCUGCAUGCUGAUUGUCUUCAUUAGCAUGGUGGUCAUAUACCACUUUCGUAGGAACAAGAGUAUCAGGGCAUCGGGUCUCAUCCUGCUGGAGGCCAUCCUGUGCGGAGCUCUUCUUCUCUACUUCCCGGUUGGGAUUCUCUACUUCCAGCCGAGCGUUUUCCGCUGCAUCCUGCUACGUUGGGUUCGCCUGCUGGGAUUCGCCACCGUCUACGGGACGCUGACUCUCAAACUGUACAGGGUGCUGAAGGUGUUCCUAUCCCGCACGGCGCAGAGGAUCCCCUACAUGACCAGCUGGCGAGUGUUGCGUCUGCUGGGCAUCAUCCUCCUCAUCGUCUGCUGGUUCCUGGUGGCUUGGACAUCUGCCGUCUGUCAGAACCCCGACAGGAAGUUGGCUCUGAUCGACGUGGGCUACACGCCCGACGGGCUGCAGUUUAGCAUGUGCCUCCUGGAUCGCUGGGACUACAUGAUGGCCGUCGCCGAGUUCCUCUUCCUGCUGUGGUCCGUGUACCUGUGUUACGCGGUGCGGACCGUGCCGUCGGCCUUCCACGAGCCGCGCUACAUGGCCAUCGCCGUCCACAACGAGCUCAUCCUGUCGGCCAUAUUCUACGUCAUCAGGUUCACUCUUGCUCCUGAGCUUCAUCCAGACUGGGUGCUGCUACUGUUCUUCACCCACACCCACCUGACUGUAACGGUCACACUGGGUCUACUACUCAUUCCUAAGUUUCUGUUUGCUGGCACCCACAUGAGAGAUGACAUAGCCUCUGAGGCCUAUGAGGACGAGCUGGACAUGGGCCGCUCUGGGUCGUACCUCAACAGCAGCAUAACAUCAGCAUGGAGCGAGCACAGCCUGGACCCCGAAGACAUUCGGACACCCGACGAAAUGGGCCCUCUCAGUUCUAUAAAUGGCUGUGGCGUAAGGUCUUGCGACAGUCUUUGGGAAAAACGUACCAACGAAGAGCUGAAGAAACUGUACUCCCAACUGGAGAUUUACAAAAGGAAGAAGAUGCUGGCGAACAACCCUCAUCUGCAGAAAAAGCGAAGCUCCAAGAAAGGGCUCGGCCGGUCGCUGAUGAGACGCAUCACAGAAAUUCCUGAAUCUGUGCAUCGUCAGUGCAGCCGCGAAGACAAGGAGGCAGGGGAACACGGGAGCAAUCGCAACAGCAUCUGCAUGUUGAAGAAGAACCCCUUAGAGCCGAUUCACGCGGGGAAACCGGCGAAGGAGGAGACGCUGAAGAACAAGGUUUUCUCCCUGAAGAAGUCCCACAGCAGCUACGACCACGUCCGCGACCAGAGCGAAGACUCCAACAGCUCGGUGACAGACAAGACGGAGCUCAACACAGCCGAAGGGUCCCUCCUGGACACACUUAUGGGCAAGAAGCUGGUCAAGAAGAAGUCUAGUGAGAACAUAAACGUCCCCAGUGAAUCUACAGAAUCUGUUCCCUUGGUCUGCAAGUCUGCCAGUGCCCACAACCUCACUGCAGACAAGAAACCAAUUCACCCUAGAGCCUCCAUGCUGCAGAAGUCCCUCAGUGUCAUCGCCAGUGCCAAAGAGAGGACUUUGGGUUUGACUGGAAAGACCCAGAGCCCGGAAGAAAGCAAUAAGAAGAGUCAGCCAAAGAGCAAAGAUACGAGAGCGAAUGCAGAUCAAGAGAGUGAGGGUCCACCCAAGAUGAGUAUCAGCCAGUCGGUUGAGUACAAACAAAGUUCUGCGAAGGGCAGGAUCAUGAAACAACCAGUUAGCGGCAGCCAGCCCACAAUUUGCUCUGAUCCCAACAAGGGAAAAGACCUCUAUGACCUCUCAGAAGUGUGUCCCUGGGAAGUGGAAGAUCUCCCAACUCCGUCUGAAAACAAAGUCCAAAAGCACGUGUCUAUAGCGCCAAAGGAAACCACGACAGUUCACGGGGGCAGCACCAAAGGAGGCAAAUCUCAGAAGCACAGAGCUUCUGAUCAAUCUCCGUCAAGUAGCAGGCACUCGAAGGAGAUUCAGAGGGCAACGGCUGUUCGAGCCGACAUAUGUCCGUGGGAGGAGGGAGGCGAGAGUCAAGCCAGUCCGGUGGAAGGUUCAAAGCAACAAAUAUCCAGUCUGUCAAAGGUCCAGCCGUCACAUUCUGUGGCAGAAGUUUGUCCAUGGGACUUUGAAGAGACGCAAAAGACAACGGAGACAGCUCGGUCGCCAGACAUGACAAAGCAGAGAAAGAGUAACUCACCAGUGGAGAGAGGUAGAGGCAUCCUUUCAGAUCCACACAAAGUAGGACCGUCACUCCAGCCGCCAACAUCAAAAGCCGACGUAUGUCCCUGGGACUACGACAGCGCUGCAGUGUCCCCGAGUUCUGAGAGGACGCCCAGUCCCUCUCAAGCUCCCAAAACCAAGGAGUCCCCUUCGAAAAAGAAAGGCGCGCCUUCCGCGAGGACACUCGAGAAAGAGAAAUUAAAAGACGCUGACGAUGAGAAAAGUAGAACAAAAGCUAAGGACAAGAGCAAAUCUUCAGAGAAACACGUGAGCCAACAGAAAAUGGCCGAGGUGUGUCCGUGGGACGUAGAGAGUCAGCAGGAAGCGCCGCUGAUAGAGAAAAGGAAAAGCGCCAACGUUGGAGCGGCGAAAGUAAAGCAGGCUGAGGUUUGUCCGUGGGAUUUCGAGGAUAGGUCGGAUAUAAAAGGCACAGACCACAGCGCUUCUGUAGCGAAAGAGAGCAAGACAAAUUCUAAAGGCGGAGCUGUAAGUGCUCCAAAAAAAGCAGAUGUUUGUCCCUGGGACUUUGAUGACGGCACAUUGAGCAAGAAGGCAUGACACUCAACUUUAAUGGACCACUGAAAAUAUAGUUAUUGAUGUAUAUUUUUUUUCACUUUGAAAUCGUUAGAUAUUACUUUGUACUAUUAGUAGGGUGACUUGGAAGCAAAGUUGAUCAAGUUCCACAAGUUGCCUUCCUUUCCGAGGUUUUGUUCCAGUUUGUUUUGGAAAUAAGUAAAAAUUUACAAAAAAAAAAAAAAAAACAACAACAAAACAACAAGUCAUGAUGAGCAUUCCAGAUUAUUACAGGAAAAAUCCUGACGAUAAACCUUAGACUAAUUAUGCAACUUUUGAUUCAGCCUUUCCACGUCGUGUACGUUCAUCAUGUCAGCCACUCGUACUUUUUGUUUUGUAUCAUCAGUUCUCGGACGACGACGUGAUGCGACGGCAGAGAUGUAGAGAAAAACACAAGUAUGAAAUUGAGGUUGAAGUCUAAAAUAGCAAAAGUAAAAGCCAAAGACUAAGGUAACAUUUGCCUAGAGGGACGUCGGCCUUGAGGCGGUAAAAGUUAUUUUAUUAGUUUGUGUCUUUGGCACAGAAGGAGGAAAAUCAGUUUAUAGCACUUUAGCCAACUCCAUAAAUUAAACACCAGGGGACAGACUCUGUCCUUUUUGUACAUUUUGUCCUCUUGUUUUUAACCUUAUAGCAUGAGAUCACACAGACCAAACUCAGACAUGUGUUUCUUUUUCGUUUCGAUCUAUUUAAUUGUAGUUCUCUGCGGAUUAAAAUGCUUCCAAGUCUGCAGAGGUGUACUGUAUGUGCCUAACUAACUAACGUUGUCUUGUAUCGGUCUGAAGGGAAAGCGAGAGGCUUCCCCCCUUCAGCGUUUUGUGACGGUGAAUUAUAUAAACAGCAUGCACAGCCAGGUAUCGAGUAGUUCGAACCCAACAGGUUUAUCGACAAAUAUAUGAUGAUGUUUUAGUUGACUUUUUUUAAAAGACCACAGACACUUGCAUUCCUCUUUUCAUAUUUCCAAGAGCUAAAAGUCAUGUGAGAGCAGCCUCGUCGGAGUCGCUCAUAUGUUCACGUAUGUAAGAGGUAGGGAGAUAAAAACACAGAGGGGGAAUCAUUUGCACCAGCUUUGUUCAGGAAUCCAGCGUGGAUCUUUGUGUUGCACCGAGCGUGUGUGUGUGUGUGUGUGUCCGCAGAUGCAAUAUUGUUAAUUUAAAGGAAUGAGGUGAUGGCUGAAAAUGCACGCACGAUUAAGUCCUGCCAUCCUGUUUACAGUCCCACUGCCUCAGUAAACGCAAAAAAAAAAAAGAAAAAGACAGUCAAGCAGGUAAACAUUAACUGAAACGGUGAUUUAGUGUUUUGUUUUGACUUGGGUUUUAUUUUCUGGUUGUGGCCAUCAGACGUCGGGUUUUAAACAAACAGUGGUGAGGUUAUUACUCGGCCCGUUUAUGCUGAUCAUCCAUCACGGAUGAGCGGUGACUUAUUGUAGUAGCUGAUCGCUCUGUGUGGUGGUGGAUCGUCAGCCCACACACAACAUCUUAGUCUGGGGAUUUCAGUCUGUGCUCGCUCCUUUCUCUCCAUUCAGGCGACUCCAGCCUGGUUUGCUUCAAAUGUUUUGAAGAAACUUGCUGUCACCGUUUAGAUGCUGCUAUCAGGUUUGUUGUAAAAGAUACUAAAAGUAAAGAAGCACCCGUCACAGAGGUUUGUUGUAGGAUUAUUUGAUUGUAUGCAGGAUGUUUUAAUGAUAAGCGUGAACAGUUUCAUUUAAUUCAUAAUUAAAGCCUUUUAGGAAAGAGAUGUUUGUUUCUGUCAAACUGUGGUAGCAGUUGCUUUGGUAAAACUGUUUUUAGGCGCACAGUAACUUAUUUUCUUUGCAAACUGACGCACAACAACAUCCUUUGUCAGACAUUUCUUUAGUUGCGGCUGAUUUUCUGACUCUUAAAGAGGAAGAUGACUCUGCAAAAUAAGGCACCACACCAGAUUCCAUUAAGGAAAGACGGAACAUUUGACAGCGGCUACUUCACCGAAGUAAACAGAGGUUGAGAAUCGAUAACUUGAUGGUUUGCAAUCUGAGGAGAGGCGACAUGGUAUAGCCCAUACGGAGGUAGCAGACGGGGACAGAAGCUCCCGCAGGCUGGACACUGUCGGUCUGGUUGUGGUGGAGCAGAUAAGUGACGAGUAGGAACUGAACAUAGAGGGGCAGAGGUGAAAGGUGUGAGCAGAUCUUCCUUGUGAACUUUUGCCUACGCUUCAUUUGAGCUGGAAGUUACUGUAGGUGUGUUUGACUUUACUUGACAACAGUGUUGUUGCAACUGAGCGACACAAUGGUCAAUACCACCAAAAUAAAACCCAAGUUCUUAUUAACCAGCUCUCCUGUUUAAUAUUUUUAAUUAUAUUUCUAUUUGGCUGCUCUGUAACCUUUAAUGUUCGUAAAUAUUAAAGGUUAAGCGCUCUACUGCUGCCAUCUUACUUUUUUUCUCUUCAUGUUUGCAUCUAAAUUCUUUGACAGUUUAACGAUGAGCAGGUCAAAGCCAGACCAGAGUAAUCGAGCUAAUCAUUUCCUAAACCUUUUGAAGGUUUUGAGUUAUUCGUGUUUUGUAUCAAAAUGUCCUAAAUAUUCCUGGAAUUAAUCUAAUCCCCCACACAAACGGCGACCUCCUAACGACAUUUACAAAAGCUCUGUAUUAUUAAUGUAGCAUGUUCAGUGCUUUAUCGUUACCCAGUGAGGAUUUCCGAACGUCGUCCCCGAUUGUGAGUCUCUGUAAUCGCUGUCGAAUUCCUCACAGUGUGAUAUCCGAGCUCCGCAGGGGUCCGUGUUAAUUGUCAUUAAAAAUCAGUGCUCUUAUUCUUCAGUGAGAUUCAGUUUAUAUGGCAAUGCUUAACUCAAAUAUCUGCGCCCCAAUUUUUUUAUUUUUAUUUUUUUGUCCAAGAUGCGUGGCCUUUUUGUCGUCGCCUCUGCUUUACGAGCUCCUUUAGGAAUCUGAGAGGAACCGUCCCCGCGCACAGAUUGAUUGUAAAGCCCUGAUGGAUCUCUGUGAUAUUCAUGAGCCAGAUGUUAGGCCUCAUCCAUCAUCUGCGUCGGGGUGUAGGAUCUCAUUACGAAUAUGCGGGGGAAUCCUGACCCUGUGGUACGACAGCAGCAACAUUUCAAAAAGCAGCUGUUUUUUUUUUUUUUUAACCUGACUGUGGAGUCACUGCCGGAUUUCACUGCCCUGUGUGACAAAUAACAUGCUGCCUCUUUAUUGUCCUUGUAGGAAAGCCGUUUUUAAAAUGAGCAGAUGUGUUUGUUUCAUGAUGCGGGCUCUCUGAUUUAGGUUGAAAAAAAGAAAGGAGAAAAAAAAAGCAAUAUUUUGUGGCGUUUUCAAAGCAAAGAAGGUAUUUUUCUGGUGUAAAAAUAAAACACAUCUAUGUUCAUUUUUACACUUGCUUUGGCAGAUUUAAGGAGCCCCUCUCGUGCUCGUGUCAGUGCACAGGUUAACGUCCCGUCCUUCAGCCCGGUGCCGUGCGAUUCCUCGGUUCAGUCCGUCCAUAGCUGUGUGCGUGUCGAAUUGUAACACGUGACCGGUGUCUGUUACCGUCCGCUUCUCUGGAGACCAUCCUCGUGAGUUAUCCCUCCAUCCCCGAUGAAAUCGGUGAACCUCAGAGGCCGUCGUUCUUGUGCCACCUCCGCGUAGACGCCGCCGUGUUUCCCCCCGUAGCUCUUCGUCCACCUGACCGCCGGGUGCGUUUCCGUAGCCGGGCUGCUUUCAUUUAAACCUCACCCUCUACUCUCACGUGACCCAACCGGGUCACACGAUGGCAAAUACAACUACUACUCUUGCUACUACUACUACUACUACUACUACUACUACUACUACUAUUCAAUGCUGUAAUGUCGUAAAUCUUGUGGCUUCUGCAUGAAUUCAAGAAAUUAGUUGGACCGAUGUUUCACUGCCCUUGAUAGAACAAAAAAAAAGAAAAAAAAAGUUGAUCUUUUAUGGACUGUUACGAGUUGUAUAGUGAGUGGUACUGUCCCCUAACCCACUGUAUUAUGUGCUUGUUAUAACUAUUGCUCUAUGACAAGCUUAUAGCAUCGAUGUAUGGGAAUAUUUGGUAGAUUUAUAUUGUGUUAUAUUGUGAUAGCAUGUACAUAAAAGAUACCUCCUCUGCAAUAAAUAUUUAUAUGAAAA